CUUUGACUCUGAGAAACAGCAUUAAUAUCACAGACAUCGAUAUGAAUACUGUGUGUGGGUUAAAUGGAACAGAAUAUGAGUGCCAGUGUGAGCAGGAUCAUGUCUGGCCCAGUGACACCUGCAGAGCCUAUCAGGUGUGUGAUGGCAUUGUGGGAGGCACUUGUGGAUGUAUUCAAGCUCUCCCUUCAGAGGGUCCACUUUGCCUGAAAGAUAUCAAUGAAUGUAAAGAUGCAGUAUCAGUGUGUGGUCCAUACUCAGAUUGUAUUAACUUCAUUGGGAGUCACAUGUGUUCAUGCUGGAGUGGAUUUAAUACCUCCAAUAAAGACAGUCCUGUGAGCCGUAACAACUCAUGUCAGGAUAUAAAUGAAUGUCUGUUCAGUUCACCUGUAUGUGGUCCAAAUUCCAUCUGCACAAAUCAGCUGGGAAGUUAUAAUUGUUCAUGUCUGGAUGGGUUCACUGCAACAAACUCACUUCUCCUCAUCAGCAACAAUAACACAUGUAGAGAUGUGAAUGAAUGUCUUCAGACGAUGGAGGUCUGUGGUCCAAACUCUCGUUGCACAAACUUAAUUGGGAGUUACAGCUGUUCCUGCUUGACUGGAUAUACAGUAACAAAUAGCAGUGAACUAGUCAGGGCCAGGAACCCAUGCAAUGUGACUCUGCCUUUGACUGAGUAUCUGAUUGAAAUUCAGAUCAAUAGCAUGGACAGCAGAAUGACUGAUCAGCUGAGGAACAUCCUGAUGUAUUUCAGUUUGCCCUACACAAUCAGUGACAGCACUAACAUCACAGAAAUCAACAUAACUACUGUGUGUUCCCUGAAUGAAACCCAGUAUCAGUGUAAAUGUGAGGGUCUGUUUGUUUGGCCGAAUGACACGUGUUACUUAUACGAGGCCUGUGAUGUCAUCACUAAUGGUUCAUGUACAUGUAUCAAUGCCCUUCCAACCGACGGACAGUUCUGCCAAGUACUACCUUCUAAAUACGUGAUUGACAUUGAUUUGAGAUUCUUUGACUUGUUCCUGGUGGAUUACUUAAGAAAUCUCGUCAGAAAUAUCAGCCUGCCUUUGACUCUGAGAAACAGCAUUAAUAUCACAGACAUCGAUAUGAAUACUGUGUGUGGGUUAAAUGGAACAGAAUAUGAGUGCCAGUGUGAGCAGGAUCAUGUCUGGCCCAGUGACACCUGCAGAGCCUAUCAGGUGUGUGAUGGCAUUGUGGGAGGCACUUGUGGAUGUAUUCAAGCUCUCCCUUCAGAGGGUCCACUUUGCCUGAAAGAUAUCAAUGAAUGUAAAGAUGCAGUAUCAGUGUGUGGUCCAUACUCAGAUUGUAUUAACUUCAUUGGGAGUCACAUGUGUUCAUGCUGGAGUGGAUUUAAUACCUCCAAUAAAGACAGUCCUGUGAGCCGUAACAACUCAUGUCAGGAUAUAAAUGAAUGUCUGUUCAGUUCACCUGUAUGUGGUCCAAAUUCCAUCUGCACAAAUCAGCUGGGAAGUUAUAAUUGUUCAUGUCUGGAUGGGUUCACUGCAACAAACUCACUUCUCCUCAUCAGCAACAAUAACACAUGUAGAGAUGUGAAUGAAUGUCUUCAGACGACGGAGGUCUGUGGUCCAAACUCUCGUUGCACAAACUUAAUUGGGAGUUACAGCUGUUCCUGCUUGACUGGAUAUACAGUAACAAAUAGCAGUGAACUAGUCAGGGCCAGGAACCCAUGCAAUGUGACUCUGCCUUUGACUGAGUAUCUGAUUGAAAUUCAGAUCAAUAGCAUGGACAGCAGAAUGACUGAUCAGCUGAGGAACAUCCUGAUGUAUUUCAGUUUGCCCUACACAAUCAGUGACAGCACUAACAUCACAGAAAUCAACAUAACUACUGUGUGUUCCCUGAAUGAAACCCAGUAUCAGUGUAAAUGUGAGGGUCUGUUUGUUUGGCCGAAUGACACGUGUUACUUAUACGAGGCCUGUGAUGUCAUCACUAAUGGUUCAUGUACAUGUAUCAAUGCCCUUCCAACCGACGGACAGUUCUGCCAAGUACUACCUUCUAAAUACGUGAUUGACAUUGAUUUGAGAUUCUUUGACUUGUUCCUGGUGGAUUACUUAAGAAAUCUCGUCAGAAAUAUCAGCCUGCCUUUGACUCUGAGAAACAGCAUUAAUAUCACAGACAUCGAUAUGAAUACUGUGUGUGGGUUAAAUGGAACAGAAUAUGAGUGCCAGUGUGAGCAGGAUCAUGUCUGGCCCAGUGACACCUGCAGAGCCUAUCAGGUGUGUGAUGGCAUUGUGGGAGGCACUUGUGGAUGUAUUCAAGCUCUCCCUUCAGAGGGUCCACUUUGCCUGAAAGAUAUCAAUGAAUGUAAAGAUGCAGUGUCAGUGUGUGGUCCAUACUCAGAUUGUAUUAACUUCAUUGGGAGUCACAUGUGUUCAUGCUGGAGUGGAUUUAAUACCUCCAAUAAAGACAGUCCUGUGAGCCGUAACAACUCAUGUCAGGAUAUAAAUGAAUGUCUGUUCAGUUCACCUGUAUGUGGUCCAAAUUCCAUCUGCACAAAUCAGCUGGGAAGUUAUAAUUGUUCAUGUCUGGAUGGGUUCACUGCAACAAACUCACUUCUCCUCAUCAGCAACAAUAACACAUGUAGAGAUGUGAAUGAAUGUCUUCAGACGACGGAGGUCUGUGGUCCAAACUCUCGUUGCACAAACUUAAUUGGGAGUUACAGCUGUUCCUGCUUGACUGGAUAUACAGUAACAAAUAGCAGUGAACUAGUCAGGGCCAGGAACCCAUGCAAUGUGACUCUGCCUUUGACUGAGUAUCUGAUUGAAAUUCAGAUCAAUAGCAUGGACAGCAGAAUGACUGAUCAGCUGAGGAACAUCCUGAUGUAUUUCAGUUUGCCCUACACAAUCAGUGACAGCACUAACAUCACAGAAAUCAACAUAACUACUGUGUGUUCCCUGAAUGAAACCCAGUAUCAGUGUAAAUGUGAGGGUCUGUUUGUUUGGCCGAAUGACACGUGUUACUUAUACGAGGCCUGUGAUGUCAUCACUAAUGGUUCAUGUACAUGUAUCAAUGCCCUUCCAACCGACGGACAGUUCUGCCAAGUACUACCUUCUAAAUACGUGAUUGACAUUGAUUUGAGAUUCUUUGACUUGUUCCUGGUGGAUUACUUAAGAAAUCUCGUCAGAAAUAUCAGCCUGCCUUUGACUCUGAGAAACAGCAUUAAUAUCACAGACAUCGAUAUGAAUACUGUGUGUGGGUUAAAUGGAACAGAAUAUGAGUGCCAGUGUGAGCAGGAUCAUGUCUGGCCCAGUGACACCUGCAGAGCCUAUCAGGUGUGUGAUGGCAUUGUGGGAGGCACUUGUGGAUGUAUUCAAGCUCUCCCUUCAGAGGGUCCACUUUGCCUGAAAGAUAUCAAUGAAUGUAAAGAUGCAGUGUCAGUGUGUGGUCCAUACUCAGAUUGUAUUAACUUCAUUGGGAGUCACAUGUGUUCAUGCUGGAGUGGAUUUAAUACCUCCAAUAAAGACAGUCCUGUGAGCCGUAACAACUCAUGUCAGGAUAUAAAUGAAUGUUUGAUCAGUCCAUCUGUUUGUGGUCAAUAUUCCAACUGCACAAAUCAAAUGGGAAGUUACAGUUGCUUAUGUUUGGAUGGAUUCAAUGAAACCAUUUCAAAUCUUACUAUCAACAUCAAUAACACAUGUAGAGAUGUGGAUGAAUGUGUUGAGAUAUCAGAUGUCUGUGGACCAAACUCAAUCUGUAACAACACUGUUGGGAGUCACAAUUGCUCGUGCAUGAGUGGAUAUAAUGUAACAGACCCAAACCUCCCUAUAACCAGGAACAACACAUGUGAAGAUAUAAAUGAAUGUCAGUUCAGUUCACCUGUAUGUGGUCCAAAUGCCAACUGCACAAAUGUAAUGGGAAGUUAUAAUUGUUCAUGUCUGGAUGGAUUCACUGCAACAAACUCACUUCUCCUCAUCAGCAACAAUAACACAUGUAGAGAUAUAAAUGAAUGUCUGUUCAGUUCACCUGUAUGUGGUCCAAAUGCCAACUGCACAAAUGUAAUGGGAAGUUAUAAUUGUUCAUGUCUGGAUGGGUUCACUGCAACAAACUCACUUCUCCUCAUCAGCAACAAUAACACAUGUAGAGAUGUGGAUGAAUGUGUUGAGAUAUCAGAUGUCUGUGGUCCAAACUCAAUCUGUAACAACACUGUUGGGAGUCACAAUUGCUCGUGCAUGAGUGGAUAUAAUGUAACAAACCCAAACCUCCCUAUAACCAGGAACAACACAUGUGAAGAUAUAAAUGAAUGUCUGUUCAGUUCACCUGUAUGUGGUCCAAAUGCCAACUGCACAAAUGUAAUGGGAAGUUAUAAUUGUUCAUGUCUGGAUGGAUUCACUGCAACAAACUCAAGUCUCCUCAUCAGCAACAAUAACACAUGUAGAGAUGUGGAUGAAUGUGUUGAGAUAUCAGAUGUCUGUGGACCAAACUCAAUCUGUAACAACACUGUUGGGAGUCACAAUUGCUCGUGCAUGAGUGGAUAUAAUGUAACAGACCCAAACCUCCCUAUAACCAGGAACAACACAUGUGAAGAUAUAAAUGAAUGUCUGUUCAGUUCACCUGUAUGUGGUCCAAAUGCCAACUGCACAAAUGUAAUGGGAAGUUAUAAUUGUUCAUGUCUGGAUGGGUUCACUGCAACAAACUCACUUCUCCUCAUCAGCAACAAUAACACAUGUAGAGAUGUGGAUGAAUGUGUUGAGAUGUCAGAUGUCUGUGGUCCAAACUCAAUCUGUAACAACACUGUUGGGAGUCACAAUUGCUCGUGCAUGAGUGGAUAUAAUGUAACAGACCCAAACCUCCCUAUAACCAGGAACAACACAUGUGAAGAUAUAAAUGAAUGUCUGUUCAGUUCACCUGUAUGUGGUCCAAAUUCCAACUGCACAAAUGUAAUGGGAAGUUAUAAUUGUUCAUGUCUGGAUGGAUUCAGUGUAACAAACUCAAGUCUCCUCAUCAGCAACAAUAACACAUGCUCAGAUAUAAAUGAAUGUCAGUUCAGUUCACCUGUAUGUGGUCCAAAUGCCAUCUGCACAAAUGUAAUGGGAAGUUAUAAUUGUUCAUGUCUGGAUGGAUUCACUGCAACAAACUCACUUCUCCUCAUCAGCAACAAUAACACAUGUAGAGAUGUGGAUGAAUGUGUUGAGAUAUCAGAUGUCUGUGGUCCAAACUCAAUCUGUAACAACACUGUUGGGAGUCACAAUUGCUCGUGCAUGAGUGGAUAUAAUGUAACAGACCCAAACCUCCCUAUAAACAACAACAACACAUGCAAAGAUGUGGAUGAAUGUGUUGAGAUGUCAGAUGUCUGUGGUCCAAACUCAAUCUGUAACAACACUGUUGGGAGUCACAAUUGCUCGUGCAUGAGUGGAUAUAAUGUAACAGACCCAAACCUCCCUAUAACCAGGAACAACACAUGUGAAGUAGAUAUAAAUGAAUGUCUGUUCAGUCCACCUGUAUGUGGUCCAAAUGCUACCUGCACAAAUGAAAUUGGAAAUUACAGUUGCUCGUGCUUUGAUGGAUUCACUGCAACAAACUCAAGUCUCCGCAUCAGCAACAAUAAUAUAUGUAGAGAUGUGGAUGAAUGUGUUGAGAUGUCAGAUGUCUGUGGUCCAAACUCAAUCUGUAACAACACUGUUGGGAGUCACAAUUGCUCGUGCAUGAGUGGAUAUAAUGUAACAGACCCAAACCUCCCUAUAGACAGCAACAACACAUGCAAAGAUAUUCAUGAAUGUCUUGAUUCAGUAUCAGUGUGUGGACCGAACUCCUAUUGUUACAACUAUGACGGAAGCUUCUCAUGUUUUUGUUGGGAAGGAUAUAAAGUCUCAGAUGCAAAUAAAGAUGUUUCCAAAAGUAAUCCUUGCAUUGAUAUAAAUGAAUGCCUUUUCAAUGAAUCUGUAUGUGGUCCAAAUGCUACCUGCACAAAUGUAAUUGGAAGUUAUAAUUGCUCAUGUCUGGAUGGAUUCACUGCAACGAACUUAAGUCUCCCGAUCAGCAACAAUAACACGUGUAGAGAUGUGGAUGAAUGUGUUGAGAUGUCAGAUGUCUGUGGUCCAAACUCAAUCUGUAACAACACUGUUGGGAGUCACAAUUGCUCGUGCAUGAGUGGAUAUAACGUAACAGACCCAAACUUCCCUAUAAACAGCAAUAACCCAUGCAAAGAUAUUCAUGAAUGUCUUGACUCAGAAUCAGUGUGUGGGCCAAACUCUAACUGUUACAAUUACAACGGAAGCUUCUCGUGCUUUUGUUGGGAUGGAUUUAAUGUCAGUAACGGAAAUACAGUCAUUAGUAAAGACAACCCAUGCACUGAUAUAAAUGAAUGUCUGUCCAAUUCAUCUGUAUGUGGUCCAAAUGCCAACUGCACAAAUGUAAUGGGAAGUUACAAUUGCUCAUGUCUGGGUGGAUUCACAGAAACAAAUUCAAGUCUCCUCAUCAGCAACAAUAACACAUGUAGAGAUGUGGAUGAAUGUGUUGAGAUGUCAGAUGUCUGUGGUCCAAACUCAAUCUGUAACAACACUGUUGGGAGUCACAAUUGCUCGUGCAUGAGUGGAUAUAAUGUAACAGACCCAAACCUCCCUAUAACCAGGAACAACACAUGUGAAGAUAUAAAUGAAUGUCUGUUCAGUUCACCUGUAUGUGGUCCAAAUUCCAACUGCACAAAUGUAAUGGGAAGUUAUAAUUGUUCAUGUCUGGAUGGAUUCACUGCAACAAACUCAAGUCUCCCCAUCAGCAACAAUAACACAUGUAGAGAUGUGGAUGAAUGUGUUGAGAUGUCAGAUGUCUGUGGUCCAAACUCAAUCUGUAACAACACUGUUGGGAGUCACAAUUGCUCGUGCAUGAGUGGAUAUAAUGUAACAGACCCAAACCUCCCUAUAAACAACAAUAAUACAUGUGAAGAUAUAGAUGAAUGUCUGUUCAGUUCAUUUGUAUGUGGUCCAAAUUCCAUCUGCACAAAUCAGCUGGGAAGUUAUAAUUGUUCAUGUCUGGAUGGAUUCACUGCAACAAACUUAAGUCUCCUCAUCAGCAACAAUAACACAUGUAGAGAUAUAAAUGAAUGUCUGUUCAGUCCACCUGUAUGUGGCCAAAAUGCCAACUGCACAAAUGUAAAGGGAAGUUACAGUUGCUCGUGUUUGGAUGGAUUCACUGAAACAAACUCAAGUCUCCGCAUCAGCAAUAAUAACACGUGUAGAGAUGUGGAUGAAUGUGUUGAGAUGUCAGAUGUCUGUGGUCCAAACUCAAUCUGUAACAACACUGUUGGGAGUCACAAUUGCUCGUGCAUGAGUGGAUAUAAUGUAACAGACCCAAACCUCCCUAUAACCAGGAACAACACAUGUGAAGUAGAUAUAAAUGAAUGUCUGUUCAGUCCGCCUGUAUGUGGUCCAAAUGCCAACUGCACAAAUGAAAAGGGAAGUUACAGUUGCUUGUGCUUGGAUGGAUUCACUGCAACAAACUCAAGUCUCCUCAUCAGCAUCAAUAACGCAUGUAGAGAUGUGGAUGAAUGUGUUGAGAUAUCAGAUGUCUGUGGUCCAAACUCAAUCUGUAACAACACUGUUGGGAGUCACAAUUGCUCGUGCAUGAGUGGAUAUAAUGUAACAGACACAAACCUUCCUAUAGAUGGCAAUAACACAUGCAAAGUAGAUAUAAAUGAAUGUCUGUUCAGUCCAUCUGUAUGUGGUCCAAAUGCUACCUGCACAAAUGAAAUUGGAAGUUUCAGUUGCUUGUGCUUUGAUGGAUUCACUGCAACAAACUCAAGUCUCCUGAUUAGCAUCAAUAACGCGUGUAGAGAUGUGGAUGAAUGUGUUGAGAUAUCAGAUGUCUGUGGUCCAAACUCAAUCUGUAACAACACUGUUGGGAGUCACAAUUGCUCGUGCAUGAGUGGAUAUAAUGUAACAGACCCAAACCUCCCUAUAACCAGGAACAACACAUGUGAAGUAGAUAUAAAUGAAUGUCUGUUCAGUCCAUCUGUAUGUGGUCCAAAUGCUACCUGCACAAAUGAAAAGGGAAGUUACAGUUGCUCGUGCUUUGAUGGAUUCACUGCAACAAACUCAAGUCUCCUGAUCAGCAACAGUAAUAUAUGUAGAGAUGUGGAUGAAUGUGUUGAGAUGUCAGAUGUCUGUGGACCAAACUCAAUCUGUAACAACACUGUUGGGAGUCACAAUUGCUCGUGCAUGAGUGGAUAUAAUGUAACAGACCCAAACCUCCCUAUAAACAACAAUAACAUAUGUAAAGAUGUGGAUGAAUGUGCUGAGAUACCAGAUGUCUGUGGACCAAACUCAAUCUGCAGCAACACAUUUGGGAGUCACAGUUGCUCGUGCAUGAGUGGAUAUAAUGUAACAGACCCAAACCUCCCUAUAACCAGGAACAACACAUGUGAAGAUAUAAAUGAAUGUCAGUUUAGUGCGCCUGUAUGUGGUCCAAAUGCUACCUGCACAAAUGUAAUGGGAAGUUACAAUUGCUCAUGUCUGGAUGGAUUCACUGCAACAAGUCUCCCCAUCAGCAUCAAAAACGCAUGUAGAGAUGUGGAUGAAUGUUUUGAGAUGUCAGAUGUCUGUGGACCAAACUCAAUUUGCAGCAACACUGUUGGGAGUCACUAUUGCUGGUGCAUGAGUGGAUAUAGUGUAACAGACCCAAACCUCCCUAUAAACAACAAUAAUAUAUGUCAAGAUAUAAAUGAAUGUCUGUUCAGUUCACCUGUAUGUGGUCCAGAUUCCAGCUGCACUAAUGUAAUGGGAAGUUACAAUUGCUUAUGUCUGGAUGGAUUCACUGCAACAAACCCAAGUCUCCCCAUCAGCAUCAAUAACAUAUGUACAGCAGUACCACCAACAGUACCUACACCUAUACCUACAACAACUACAACAACAGCACCCACAACACCUACUACAACAACCACUACAACUCCAGUUACAGCCGCACCAGUUCCACCAGCUUCAGCUGCGACAAUACCUACACCUGUAAUCGUUCCACCAGCUUCAGCUGCGACAAUACCUACACCUAUAAUCGCUGUAACAACGCCUACACCUACAACUGUUCUUCAAAUGUCAUUGACACUAAAUGAAAAUUUUGAUACCAGUCUCAACUACCCAGAAGAUUCUAAAUUCAAAUUAUAUGCCGGCAAAAUUCAGUCAGCAAUUGAAGAAAGUUACAAAAAUGUGCCUGCCUAUAUAAAGGGUUCAGUAAGAGUGAUUCGUUUCAGGCCUGGUAGUAUUAUAGCAGACUAUCAGUUUGAGUCGACAACCAGCAGUCCCAACAGCCCCGACUUUGCAAACGCAAACAAACUGGUCGCCAGCACUCUCAUAAAGCAAGGAUUCACUGUAGCUUCGGAUGCUUUUGCUCAAAGUCAACAAUAUAACUUUACCACUGAAAAUUGGUAUCCUCAGCAAAAUAUAGCGCUGAAAUGCAUACGCCCAGAUUCUGUUGAUGGUACAAUGAGAUGGACAGUAAAUGGACAAGAUCCUACACUAAACCCUGUUAAAUACAGCAUUUCAUCUGACAGCAGCACUCUCACUGUGAACAACGUCAAUGAGUUUGACAGAGGUCGAUACGUAUGUAUCAUAGACAGGACAAUACCUUACAUUCAGUGGCAGGAUAUAGUUAUUCAGCUACUUCCCAACAUCAUAGUGGGUGCAAAUGACAGGACGUUCCAGUGUGUUAACCAGAAUGUUUUACUGACAUGUUGUGAACAAACGAACAGUGUGGAGUGGACCCAAAUAUCGCCUGAUGAUGUUGUGACACCUCCAGUGGAUGGAUGCCUCACAUUAAACCAUGCGAUCAAAAAUGGAAAUUGUGGGAGUAAGACCUUUAUAUGUCAACUCAAGAGCACAGCGCUUCAAAGUUUCAGCUACAGCAAAAAAAGUGUUACUGUAAAAGCAGUGGACAAUGUGUUUAGCUGUAAAAAUAUAAUGCUUGGAGAUGGAAUUGAAGGUGCUACUGUGACAGGACCCUGUGAAAAAGGCAAGGAAGGCACCAUUACAUAUAGAUGUAGAUUAGGUGUAUGGGAGCGUCAAGAGACAAACUGCAUACUUCAGGUUAUAGUAAAUCUAGGAAAGCAAGUUCAGGUUUUGCAAGUACAGGACAUACCAGUAUUUAUGGCUGAUCUUAGUACAGCUACACAGAAUAAUACACAAGAGAUAACACAGUCUACUGUGACUGUCCAGACCAUUGUUGAAAUACUUGCAAAGGUUGCUGCUGUUUCACAAAACGUUAUCAUCAAUCUGCCUGUGAUGAAGAAUUUCCUUAAAACAGUGGAUAUCCUUGUUUCAACAUCUUCCUUUACCACAUGGAAAACAUUGAACAAUAACACCAGGACAGAUAACACCAGCACAGUACUUCUGAGCGCUAUUGAGAAUAUUAGUGCCCGUCUUACAGAUGCUAAUUUUACGAUUAACGAAACAUCUAUUGAGUUGAAUAGAGCUAAAACAAACAGCACCUUUUAUAGUAUAACGUCAAGCCUAGAAAACUCCACUACUGAGAUUACAAUACCACAGAUUCCUGCAUCAACUCCUAUAACUGUCAUAAUCUUCACAACUCUUGACAAUGUCCUACCUACUCGAAAUACUAGUAAUGGCAUUAUCAAUCCAGAUGUGCGCAUCAAUGGAGAUGUGGUUGUAGUAAAGGUUGACAACAAAACGAUUAACAACAUAUCUUUUGCGUUUGACAUUACUAAUCAGACUUUGAAAAAUCCUCAGUGUGUCUUUUGGAACUUUAUUCUUGAUGCAUGGGAUUCCACUGGAUGUGAAGUAAAGCACUUAAUAAGUGGAGGGAUUGAAACUGGCAGUGUUACAUGUGAAUGCAACCAUACAACCUCAUUUUCAAUCCUAAUGUCACCGUUUGCCAUUGAUAACCAAGUCUUAGCAUAUAUAACUUACAUUGGCGUAGCUAUUUCAUUGGCCAGCUUGAUUUUGUGCCUCAUUAUUGAGACCAUUGUGUGGAAGUCAAUGACAAGAAAUGACACAUCCUACAUGCGACAUGUCUCCAUAGUCAACAUUGCUGUGUCUCUGCUGAUCGCAAACGUCUGUUUUAUCAUUGGAGCUGCAGUCGCAGAAAGUGAGCAGCCGACCUCAGCAGGGCGCUGUAGUCCAGUGGUUUUCUUCAUGCACUUUUUUUACCUGGCUCUUUUCUUCUGGAUGUUACUGUCAGCACUGUUGCUCUUUUACCGUACAGUCAUGGUCUUGUCUCAAAUGUCAAGAGCUAAGAUGAUGGUCAUUGCCUUCACAGUCGGUUAUGGUGCACCUUUGCUCAUAGCGGCCAUUACUGUUGCAUCAACAGCUGGACCUCAAAAUUAUGUUACCAAAAAGGAUGCAUGCUGGCUGAACUGGAACGAAUCAAAGGCUCUGCUGGCAUUUGUGAUUCCAGCUCUCACUAUUGUAGCCAUAAACCUUGUGGUUUUGAUUGUGGUUCUGUACAAGAUGUUGAGAAGAGGAGUUGGUGCCACAACUCAACCAGAUGAGAAGCAUGCCCUGGUGGUUAUUGCCAGAUGUGUGGCCAUUUUGACUCCUAUCUUUGGUCUAACAUGGGGAUUUGGAAUUGGAACCAUGGUGUCAAGGCAAUUAGGCAUUCAUGUGGUGUUUGCACUCCUCAACUCACUGCAGGGAUUCUUUAUUUUGGUGUUUGGAACGCUUUUAGACAGCAAGAUCCGUGAGGCUCUGGCAGGAAGACUGUCACUAAGGAACCUUACCAGCUCUAACCGUACCAGGAGCACUAGUGCAGGACCAUCAUCUUCAAGCGGACUGGGUUUAUUUCAAAGACUACGGAGAAGAAACGUGUACAACGUAUCUGAAGGAGCUACAUCUUCAAACAACUCCAGUGGCUCAGAUACUUUUAUGAAUGCAUAAUCAGCUACUUCCUUAACUAUAGCCUACUUUAUUAAACGUUAAACAGCCUUUUUCAAACAAGUUACUGAUUUCUGGGUAGAGGUGUUUUUACCGUAUGUUCUCAAUUUUUUUCAAUAAUGUAAAUGACCAACAAUAACAAUACAAUUUUUUUUCCAAUUUGAAUUGUCAUUUACAGACAUUGACGUAAUUUAAAAUUGAAUGUGAUGAGACAAGAGCAUUUUUCUUUGCAUUUUUAACAUAUUCGGAAUGCAAAUAAAAUUAAAUGGGUGCAUAUUUUAAAAGAAAAACAUUCUUUGUCGUUCACAGUUCAGCAGUUUUAUUCUUGUUCUUUCACUGUUCUUCUUUUUAUUUGUUCCUCUAAAUCCUUUUAAAUCAUUUAUUAAUUGAAUCAAUUUCAAUAAAUAAUGUUAUAGUA